AUAACAUGAGAAUCGUCCCUGUAUUGACUCUUAUCCUUGCAGUUGCAACUGCUAGAGUAGCAAAGACAGAAAGUCCAAAGGAAAUCUUGGCUUAAGUUAACAAAGAUUCAUUCGGAAAUUCAGUGUUGUCAGUCCUUCAACUCUAAUUGGCCACAGGAGGACCUGUUGGUGAAAUUCAAAUUCUCUUAAACAAUAUUGCUUCCCAACUCAACGGAGAUUAAAAGAAAGCUGACAAAGUUCAUGAGAGUGAUACAGUUGCUUUCGAAAAGGUAAGCAUAAUAAUAUUGUUUAGAUCAUUGCUGACUUAGAACAAGAAAUUGCUUAUCACUAAACCCAAAUUGUUGCUCUUUCAAAUUUGAGAGAUUCCACAACCGAAGCAUUGGGUGAAGCUGAAGCUGAAGUCAGAGUUGUUACCUCAGAUAUUGCCAAUAACGAGAAAAGCUUUGCUGAUGAAUCUGCUACAAGACAAUCAUAACAUGACACAUGGGUUAGAAAGGAUGCAGAACAUGUUGAUUAAAUUGAUGCCAUUGAUGAAGCCUCAAAGAUCGUUUAACACUUGUAAGCUGGUGUCGCUUUUGCUCAACUCAAAAGCAGAUUUGAAAAAGUCUAAGCUAAAUUGAUGGAAUCCAAGCAUGCUCUCUUCAAGGUAUUAAUAAUAUUUCUAUUGUAAUAGCCACUCAUCAAUGCCUUGACCCAAUUAGCCUCUAAGGUUGAUAACAAGAGCAUCAUCAAGAUCUUAGAACUCUUAGCUUAAAUCAGACAAUAAUUAGUUGCCAGCAGAGCCUCUCUCCUUGCCACAGAAGAAAAACAAGCUGCCAACUGGGAAGUCUAAAGUGGUCACUUAUAAGAAGAACACAAGAGAUUAGUUGAAAGAAAGGCAUUCUUGGAAAAUUCAAUUGUCUAAUUCAAAGUCACCAUCCAAGAAGCUGUUGAAGACUUGGAAGAUUAAACUGUACUAAUACAAUCCCUAAAUUCAAUAGUUAUUCCUUGAAGAUGCUGAAGAUUCAUUGGACAUUUAAGAAAGAUGGGCUGCUGAAUAAGAAUCCCAAUAUGAAGCUCAAACCUUUGAAAGAGAAUAAUAAUUGGAAGUUGUUGAGAGAUUAUAAGAAGUUCUCACCUAAAAGUUGAGCGCUGCAUCAGAAUUCCUCCAAGUUAGAGAAGAGGUCUUUUGAUAAUGAAGUUCAAUAUAUCAAUAUCCAAAUCUUCAUAAAAA